AAGCGCGCAGCUGCUGCGGCGCAUGCGCCGUUCAUCAGUAAGAAUGGCGUCCAGGCUUCUCUUGAGAUCAGCGACCCGCGCUGCUGCUGCUGUUUACAGCCGUCAGUGUCUGCCAGCUCGAGCUCUAGCGAGGGGACUGGCGUCUGGAGGCAUCCCCACAGAUGAUGAGCAGGCCACCGGUCUGGAGAAGAUUGUGUUGGAGGCGUCCAAGAAAGGAACUGAUCCGUAUAACAUCUUGAAACCGAAGGAGUAUGCAGGCUCCAAACAAGACCCUCACAUCGUCCCCUCCAUAACCAACAAGAGGAUUGUUGGCUGUGUUUGUGAAGAGGACAACACUGCAGUGGUUUGGUUUUGGUUGCAUCAGGGUGAGGCCCAGCGCUGCCCAUCCUGUGGUGCUUACUACAAACUAGUUCCUCAUGAGUUACCCCACUGAAAUAUACACUUCACCGCACAGGCGGCCUAAACACUCUCACAUACUGAUUCAGUCACCAUAGAUAGUCAGACUUAUGCACAAUAUCCUUUGCUAAUCUCUGUUCUGAAGAAUAGAAUUGCACUUUAUAGGGGCCUAGUUAGUUCUUUCUCAUUGGUUGCUUAACCUGAAAUGUAUCUGAAAUGCGAGAUUUGGCAGUGCUUUAACAUAGUUUACAUACCGUUUUUUGCUGUGCAAUAUCAGCUGCUUACACAUUCCAAACUUUCCUUAGAAAUGCAAUACAUUUAUUGCCCUGUUACAUAAAUGAGCUAUUACUUAAAAUUUACAAGCAUUACAAAAGUUUGCACAUUCUUGCAAAAGAGAUGAUGUCUACAGACGUUGUCUUUGAUUUUUUUCAGUGUUUAGACAAAGAUUGUACAUUCCCUAUUCCAUGGGGACCCAAAAUAUGCUCCAUUUACUUUGAAAGUGUGUUUCGAUUGAAUGCUCUCCUCGUUGAACUAUCCUGUAAAAUAAAUGUGGUGUUUCAACACGUA